CACCUGUAGCAGGUGCGCGUGAGUUACAACAAAGAUCCUUGAUACUACGCUCUCUGGUUACAAUCUCUGUGGUCUUCAGUUUGGUUGUAUCUGUAAGCAAAUUGUUUGACUUUCUUUAAUGGAUCCUACUGCAGAAACCACUGCCGCUGGUGUAGGCCUACAAGUAAAAGAUGAUCUUUCUGAAAAAUGUCAGAAAUUAUUCCUUGAGUUCUUAGAGGAGUUUCAGGAUAAAAGUGGGGAGAUUUUAUACCUGCCUGACGCGCAAGAGCUUAUUCGACCGGAGAGAAAUACUCUUACUGUGAGCUUUACCAACAUUGAGCAUUAUAAUCAGCAAUUAGCUACCACCAUACAAGAGGAGUACUACAGGGUGUAUCCACACCUCUGCAGAGCUGUGCGCCAUUUUGCCCGUGACCAUGGGAACAUACCACCAUCUAAAGAAUUUUAUGUGUCCUUCUCAGAUUUCCCAUCUCGACUGAAGAUCCGAGAGCUCACCUCUGGUCGGAUAGGCACUCUGACACGCAUCAGCGGGCAGGUGGUGCGUACCCACCCGGUGCACCCAGAGCUGGUGAGUGGCACCUUCCUGUGUCUCGACUGCCAGUCGGUCAUCAAGGACGUGGAGCAGCAGUUUAAGUACACCCAGCCCACCAUCUGCAAGAAUCCGGUGUGUGCCAACCGCAAGAGGUUCAUGUUGGACACAAACAAGUCACGAUUUGUUGACUUCCAAAAGGUGCGCAUCCAGGAGACGCAGGCUGAGCUGCCGCGAGGCUCCAUCCCCCGCAGCAUGGAGGUGGUGCUGAGGGCUGAGGCGGUGGAGUCUGCCCAAGCUGGUGACCGCUGUGACUUCACCGGCACCCUCAUCGUUGUGCCGGACGUCUCUGCGAUGGCAUUAGCAGGCACCAGGGCUGAGACCAGCAGCAGGGUGACCGGUAAGGAGGGCUUCGAUCAGGACGGGAUCCAGGGGCUGAAGGCUCUGGGAGUGAGGGAGCUGUCAUACAGACUGGCCUUCUUAGCCUCCCAUGUGGGCCCCACUAACCCCAGGUUUGGUGGUAAAGAGCUUCGUCAGGAGGACCAGACAGCAGAGAGUGUGAAGAACCAGAUGACGGUCCAGGAGUGGGAGAAGGUGUUUGAGAUGAGCCAGGACAAAAACCUCUACCACAACGUCUGCAGCAGCCUCUUCCCCACCAUUCAUGGUAAUGAUGAGAUUAAGAGAGGAAUAUUGCUGAUGCUCUUUGGAGGUGUUGCCAAAACCACCAUGGAGGGAACUUCGCUGAGGGGGGAUGUUAAUGUGUGCAUUGUUGGAGACCCCAGUACAUCCAAGAGCCAGUUUCUCAAGCACGUUGAGGAUUUUGCCCCCCGUGCCGUCUACACGAGUGGGAAGGCGAGUAGCGCCGCCGGUCUGACUGCCGCGGUGGUGAAGGAUGAGGAGUCGCACGAGUUUGUCAUCGAGGCUGGAGCGCUCAUGCUGGCGGACAAUGGUGUGUGCUGUAUUGAUGAGUUUGAUAAAAUGGACCUAAAGGAUCAGGUUGCCAUCCACGAAGCUAUGGAGCAGCAGACCAUUUCAAUCACCAAGGCUGGAGUCAAGGCCACCCUGAAUGCCCGCACGUCCAUCUUGGCUGCAGCGAACCCCAUCGAUGGCCGAUACAACCGUUCCAAGUCCUUGAAGCAGAAUGUCAACAUGUCCGCUCCCAUCAUGUCCAGAUUCGACCUGUUCUUCAUUCUGGUGGACGAGUGCAAUGAGGUGACCGACUAUGCUAUCGCUAGGCGCAUUGUGGACCUGCAUGCAAGAAAUGUGGAGUCAGUGGAGAGGAUCUAUGAAACAGACGAGAUCCAGAGAUAUAUUCUCUUUGCACGUCAGUUCCAGCCAAAGAUUGUGUCCGAGGCCCAGGAGUUCAUUGUGGACCAGUACAAGCGUCUGCGCCAGAGGGACAGCAGCGGCACGGCCAAGUCGUCCUGGCGCAUCACCGUGCGGCAGCUGGAGAGCAUGAUCAGGCUGUCCGAGGCCAUGGCCAGACUCUACUGCUCCGAUGAGGUUCAACCCAAACAUGUAAAAGAGGCCUUCCGGUUACUUAACAAGUCCAUCAUCCGUGUUGACUCCCCCGACAUCAAUUUUGAUCAAGACCAAGAGGAUAAUGAGGAUCUUAAUGAUCAGAACGACAUGAUGAACGAGGCUGAUCAGAAGCAGCAUGGCACCAAUGGCACCAACGGAUCCAACGGAACUAACGGCCAUGCCAUGGAAACGGAGCAGCCUGGCCAGGACAAGCCUGCAGCUGGCAAGCCUGCGCUCCGCAUGACCUUCUCAGAGUACCGAAGGGUGUCCAAUCUACUGGUCCUCCACAUGCAGAAGAUGGAGCAGUUGGAUGAGGACACCUCUCUGAAGAAGAGUGAGCUGAUCAACUGGUAUCUGAAAGAGCUGGAGGGUGAGAUUGACUCAGAGGCUGAGCUCAUUGCCAAGAAGAGCCUGAUUGAGCGGGUGAUCCACAGACUCAUUCAUUAUGACCAUAUCAUUAUAGAACUGACAAAAACUGGACUGAAGAAAGUUGGGGACAGUGGAGAAGAACCUGUGACAGAGGAAGACCCUUUUCUUGUUGUGAAUCCAAACUACAUUUUGGAGGAUUGAAUCAAAGUUGGGAUCCAUUCUCAUAGUUUAUGUUUGUCAUCUUUUUGCACUGUCUGUAAAUAUUUGGAGAUUGUCAACAUAAUAAAGAUUAUUUUGCAGGUG